AUGGUUGGAGUCGGACUUUCACGCAGUGUGAAAAGACAGCAGUGUUACUAUGGGAGGGCGGUGACUGUCCAGUGUAUUAGAGAUGGUCAGUUUGUGGUAGUGGUGGCUAGAGAUGUUACUCUGCCUUGACUGAGUCUGGAUUCGGUUCGUCUACUGGGAGGAAAUUACCCACCUUGUGCUCCUGUGGAGUCCACACCUUACUUUGCUAUAUACCAGUUCCCUGUGACCGCAUGUGGCACGAGCAUGAUGGAGGACAGCAGAUAUGUGGUGUAUGAGAACAGAAUGACCUCCUCGUAUGAAGUGGGGAUUGGACCGUUUGGUUCCAUCACAAGGGACAGUCAUUUUGAGCUUCUCUUCCAGUGUAGGUACUCUGGAACUUCUGUGGAAGCUCUGGUUGUGGAGGUCAACUCUGUUCCUCCACCUCCACCAGUAGUUGCUCCUGGACCUCUCAGGGUGGAGCUCAGACUGGCCAGUGGCCAAUGUGUCACUAAAGGCUGUGCAGAAGGGGAUGAGGCUUACACGUCCUACUACAGUGAUGCUGAUUAUCCUGUAACAAAAGUCCUGUGAGAGCCUGUGUAUGUUGAGGUGCGCAUUAUGGAGAGGACUGACCCCAACGUUGUCCUGAUGCUGGGACGUUGUUGGGCAACAUCAACCCCCAGUCCACUCAGUCUCCCCCAGUGGGACCUUCUGAUCGAUGGAUGCCCUUACCAGGAUGACCGUUACCUGACCACACUGGUUCCAGUGACUGGAUCAUCUGGUCUUCUGUUCCCAACCCACUACAAGCGCUUUGUUGUGAAGAUGUUCACAUUUGUAGAUCCAGCCUCACUGGCUCCUCUGCAGGAAAAGAUCUUUAUCCACUGUAGUACAUCAGUGUGCCAUUCUCUUUCUGGCUCCUGUGAGCGGAUUUGCUCAAGGAAAAGAAGGGAUGUUGAUGUCAAGGCCGUCUCUAGUGAGCACACCAUAGUUUCUAGUGGAGAAGUUACCCUGGUCAUAUAAACAUGUUAUGAUGGCUG